CCUUGAAAAAUAAAAAAUGAAAGGAGAAAUCGGAGAUGAGGGGAAUGGUGAUAGCAUUAUCGUCACCACCACCCUCACCGAUCUGCAGAUCUGGGCCCUAUCGUCACCAGCACCAUUACCGAUCUGCAGAUCUGGGCACACUCACUCACCUCUGGCCUCCUCCGGUAUGUCUUGAAUCAAAGAUUGAAGAUGAGAGGAAAAAUCGAAAAUGGAAGGAGAAAUCGGAGAUGAGGGGAAAGGUGAAAGCUUGGAUGAGAUUUGCUGGUUUUAAGGAGAAGAAGAAGAAGAUUUGCCGGCAGGAAUGGUUGAAGCAGAGGGAAAGGAAUCUGUUUUGGGGAAAGAAAUAGAAAGAAAUAACAGUGAAGAAACAUAACAAAACGCUGUCUUUUGAGUUCAAUUUCAAGAAAAACCAAAACAUUGAUUCACUUUCAAAAUACAGUAUGAGGAGAAAAAAUAGAGAAAGAAUUAGGGAUUUUACCUGCAGUGAUACCUUGCAGACGAAAGAAGGAUUACAGUGAUGAUGAAGAGAGCAGAUGGUUUGAUGCUGUGUAACUUGCAGAAAUAGAAGACCAGAGACAGAAUCAAAAUCCAUAGGAAGA